CCCACUCCCUGUGGAUCAUGAAUGCAGGAAGCAGCGAAGCCGGCUCCGGCAUAGACUUGAAGAUGUGGCUUCAGUGCGUCCUCCUGCUGUCGCUGUUCUCUGCAGCGUCUGGAGGAGCUGACUCCAAAGCUGUCACCACCACCCUCACAACCAAAUGGACUGAUACUCCUCUGCUGUUGGAAGCCAGUGAGUUCAUGGCAGAGGAGAGCAACGAGAAGUUCUGGGACUUUGUGAAUGCUAAUCAGGACAUAGAAGGGGAGCAUGAUGACACAGAUCAGGCCUACUAUGAGCUGAUUGUGAAGAAAGCCAGUGCCUUACUCAGCUCCGUCCAGGUGAACAUGUUCAAGUUCGCCCUCUCUUUGAGAGCCUACUCUGCAACAGUCCAAUCCUUCCAACAGAUUGCGUCCAAUGAGCCUCCUCCGUCGGGCUGCUCAGCGUUUUUCAGCAUCCAUGGAGAGAAGACGUGUGACACCGAUGGUUUAGCAGCGCUGCUCAAAACAGCAUCUCACAGGCCGAAGCCAUAUCUUUUCAAAGGUGAUCACAAAUAUCCAGGAUCAAACCCAGACGCUCCUGUCGUCAUUCUGUAUGCCCAGUUUGGAACACUCGAGUUCAGGAGGCUUCACCACGUCAUAGUAUCCAAAGUGAAGGAAGGUCAGGCUGCCUACGUGCUCCGUCAUUACCUGGAUAAACCAAGUGAAAAGAAAGUGUAUCUAUCUGGGUACGGAGUGGAGCUGGCCAUAAAGAGUCAGGAGUACAAGGCAAAGGAUGACACACAAGUCCAAGGGGCGGAGGUGAACGCUACAGUGAUCGGAGAGAAUGAUCCGGUGGAUGAGGUCCAAGGAUUUCUUUUUGGCAAACUGAAGACCAUUUAUCCUGAAUUGAAAGAGCAGCUUAAAGAGUUGAGGAAACAUUUAGUAGAAAGCACCAAUGAAAUGGCACCUCUGAAAGUCUGGCAGAUGCAAGAUCUUAGUUUCCAGACAGCAGCUCGCAUUCUUGCUGCUCCCAGUGUUGAUGCCCUCAAUGUGAUGAAAGACCUCAGUCAGAACUUCCCCACUAAAGCCAGGUCCAUCACUAAAACAGUGGUCAACUCUGAGAUCCGCAAAGAAAUUGGAGAAAACCAGAAGUUUUUCAAAGGAACCUUGGGGUUGCAGCCUGGAGAUUCAGCACUGUUUAUUAAUGGGCUCCACAUUGAUCUGGACACACAAGACAUCUUCAGUGUGUUUGAGGUGCUGCGCAGUGAGGCCAGAGUGAUGGAGGGUCUGCGCUCCUUGCUCAUCGAAACGCCUUUCAUCCACGACAUCCUGAAGCUCAACGUCCAGCCCUCGGAGUCUGAUUACGCUGUAGACAUCCGCAACCCUGCCAUCAGUUGGAUUAACAACUUGGAGACAGACCACAGGUACAGCUCAUGGCCUUACAAUGUGCAGGAGCUGCUGCGGCCCACCUUCCCCGGGGUCAUCAGGCAAAUCCGCAAGAACUUCCACAAUUUGGUGAUCAUUCUGGACCCGACCCAGGAGAACUCUGCUGAGCUGCUGAGUGUUGCGGAGAUGUUUUACUCCAACAACAUCCCACUCAGGAUAGGGCUGGUGUUUGUGGUGUCAGAUGAGGAUGACAUAGAUGGGAUGCAAGAUGCAGGUGUAGCCAUGGUCCGGGCCUAUAACUACAUCUGCGAUGAGGUGAACAGCCAGAGUGCAUUUGAAGCCAUCAUGUCGAUGUUUAGCCGUGUGUCAAUCGGGGGGCAGCUCAGUGUUGGUGAUGUGGUUAAAGUGCUGGAGAAGAGGUUCCCCUAUGUGGAGGUCAGCAGUGUCCUCAGCGCCGACUCCAGUUACGAUGCCAACAGGAAGGAAGGCCGUGCGUACUAUGCUCAGACAGGCGUGGGCCCUCUGCCCGUGGUCAUGUACAAUGGCAUCCCUUACCAACGAGAACACCUGGACCCUGAUGAACUGGAAACAGUUACCAUGCAGAAGAUCCUGGAGACCACCACGUUCUACCAGAGAGCUGUCUACCUGGGGGAGCUGGCAACAGAUCAUGACGUUGUGGACUUCAUCAUGAACCAGCCCAACGUAGUUCCUCGUAUCAACCCCAGAGUGUUAUCCACCAGCAGAACAUAUCUGGACCUGUCUGAUACCAACAACCACUUCAUAGAUGAUUAUGCUCGCUUCCUGACUCUGGACAUCAAGGAGAAGAGCACAGCUGUAGCCAACAGCAUGAACUACAUUACUAAGAAAGGGAUGACCAGCACCAACAGGCAUGAUGAUGGCUACAUACGUCCGGUGACCUACUGGGUGGUCGGAGACUUUGACACGCCCUCGGGACGGCAGCUCCUUUACGAUGCCAUCAGACACAUGAAAACCAGCAACAAUGUCAGACUGGGGAUGAUCAACAACCCAUCGAACGAUCCAUCUGCAGAGACGAACCAUGUGGCGAGGGCAAUCUGGGCCGCCAUGCAGACGCAAUCUGCCAACAAUGCUAAGAACUUCAUCACCAAGAUGGCCAAAGAGGAGACAGCUGCAGCUCUGGAAAAGGGAGCUGACAUCAGAGACUUCGCUGUCGGGGGUAUGGAUGUCUCAUUGUUCAAGAGUGCGUAUGAGGGGCCCAAAUUUGACUUCCUGCUCUCCCACGCUGUUUACUGCAGAGACGUGCUCAAACUAAAGAAAGGACAGAGAGCAGUGAUCAGCAAUGGAAGAAUCAUAGGUCCAUUGGAGGAGGAGGAGGUGUUCAACCAGGAUGACUUCCUUCUUUUAGAAAGUAUCAUCCUGAAGACGUCUGGAGAACGAAUCAAAAGCAAAGUCCAGCAGUUUGGAAUUGAGGAAGACAGGGCCAGUGACCUUGUAAUGAAGGUGGAUGCUCUUCUCUCCUCUCAGCCCAAAGGAGAAGCCAGAGUAGAGUAUGGAUUUGCUGAUGACCGCUACAGUGCUGUCAAGAUCCGACCAAAAGAGGGCGAUGUGUACUUUGACGUUGUUGCUGUGGUUGAUCCUGUCACCAGGGAUGCUCAGAAACUGGCUCCUCUCCUCUUGGUUCUGAAGCAACUGGUAAACAUCAACUUAAGAGUCUUCAUGAACUGCCAGUCCAAACUGUCUGAAAUGCCCUUGAAGAGUUUUUACCGUUACGUGUUGGAGCCAGAGGUGGUGUUCCAAGCUGAUGGUAGCUUCUCUUCAGGGCCCAUGGCCAAGUUUCUGGACAUGCCUCAGUCUCCGCUCUUCACCCUGAACCUGAACACCCCAGAAAGCUGGAUGGUUGAGUCCGUCCACACACGAUAUGACUUAGACAACAUUUAUCUGCAGGAGGUGGAGAAUAUUGUAGCAGCUGAAUAUGAGCUGGAGCACCUCUUGCUGGAAGGUCAUUGUUUUGAUGUGAGUUCAGGCCAGCCCCCCCGUGGCCUCCAGUUCACCUUGGGAACCGCAGCCAAUCCAGUCAUCGUGGAUACCAUUGUCAUGGCAAACCUGGGAUACUUCCAGCUCAAGGCAAACCCUGGUGCCUGGAUCCUGAAGCUGAGAAAAGGCCGGUCUGAUGAAAUUUACAAGAUCUACAGCCACGACGGCACAGACUCUCCCGCAGACUCUGAUGAUAUUAUUGUCGUACUGAACAACUUCAAAAGCAGGAUCAUUAAAGUCAAGGUCCAGAAGAAACCAGACAAGUUCAAUGAGGAGCUACUGAGUGACGGCACCGAAGAGAACGACACCGGCUUCUGGAAGUCUCUGACCAGAGGAUUCACAGGAGGAGGGAAGACAGAGGAGCCAAAGCAAGACAAGGACGAUGUGAUCAACAUUUUCUCUGUAGCCUCAGGACAUCUUUAUGAGCGCUUCCUCAGGAUCAUGAUGCUGUCAGUUCUGAAGAACACCAAAACCCCAGUCAAAUUCUGGUUCCUCAAGAACUACCUGUCCCCAACUUUCAAGGAGUUCAUCCCCCACAUGGCCAAGCAGUACGGCUUCCAGUAUGAGCUGGUCCAGUACAAGUGGCCCCGCUGGUUACAUCAACAGACUGAGAAGCAGAGAAUCAUCUGGGGCUACAAAAUCCUUUUCCUGGAUGUGCUGUUCCCUCUGGCUGUGGACAAGAUCCUGUUUGUGGAUGCAGACCAGAUUGUGCGAACGGACCUGAAGGAGCUUCGGGACUUUGACCUGGAGGGAGCUCCGUAUGGAUACACUCCAUUCUGUGAGAGUCGCAGGGAGAUGGACGGAUAUCGGUUCUGGAAGUCUGGUUACUGGGCCAGUCACCUUGCUGGACGCAAGUAUCACAUCAGCGCUCUGUAUGUGGUCGACCUGAAAAAGUUCCGUAAAAUCGCAGCUGGAGACAGGCUUCGAGGACAGUACCAGGGUCUGAGUCAGGACCCAAACAGCUUGUCAAACCUGGACCAGGAUCUGCCCAAUAACAUGAUUCACCAGGUGCCCAUCAAGUCUCUGCCUCAGGAUUGGCUCUGGUGUGAGACCUGGUGUGACGACAAUUCCAAGAAAAGCGCCAAGACCAUUGACCUGUGCAACAACCCAAUGACCAAGGAGCCGAAGCUGCAGGCUGCGGUUCGGAUCGUGGCCGAGUGGAAAGACUACGACCAAGAGAUAAAACGUCUGCAGACCAGAGUCCAAGAGCAGGUGUCACAGAAUCAAACAGACGGACCACAGCUGACAGAUGUUCACUCAGAGUUGUGAGGAUCCAGUGGCGCUGAAUGACAGGCUAUUUCCAGAGCUGGAUGAAGAGGCUGGUUCUGCAGGACGGUGUGGACCGGACACACAGUGCUCAGAGCUUCACCUGGGUUCGUUUCAGUUCUACAGCAUGUGGUCAGCUUUUACAGGGUGUUCUGUCAGUGUGUGUGUGUGGAAGCGUGUGGAUGUAUUUUGUGAAUCGUGGAUAGGAAUUCUGUUUUGGAUUUUUUUGUGUAUUUUCCCUGUAAUCAGAGUGGGUCUGUGCACUGGUGGUGUUUGUGGCUGUGGAUCUGGGACAGCGUCUCACUGAGGUUUUAUCUGGUGGACAGUUUACUGCUCCCUCACUGGAAAAGAGAAAAGAAGAGUCCAGUCCAGCCCUUGGGAUUAAUUUGUGAAAUGCAGAAAUUACACUGAAGAUAUUAACAAUCAUUGACAUCGGAUCAUUUCAGUUCAGGUUCCACAUGCAGAACGGGAAAGGAUAAUAACCUGCCAAUAAUGACAACUACAAACUUUAGUCUUUGUUUUAGUGUAAAAAAAAAAAAAAGGAAAAUUACAUGAAAAUGUUUACAUUUACAAACUAGCCUUUCAAAAAAAAUGAAAGAAAUAACCU